AUGCGUCAAGCGCUGAUGCGGGGAAUUGUUAGUGGCGUGCUACUACUGCUGCAGGCACUGCCAGCGCACAGUUUGGAGGAGUUUUCGGCGACCGAUACCAGACCGCGUGGUACGAUCCAGUGUGAACAGGUUGGUGCGAUCCCGGACGAUGAGUCGGACACAUGUGCGACAUACUACAUCUGUGCAGUGAACUCCGACAACGUGCUGUCGCCAGUGUUUGCCCAGUGUCCCGGCACGACCGUGUUCGCGCACGAACUGCGCCGAUGCGUGGAUGCAUCCACGUACGAGUGCGGUAGUGCUGCCAGCAAGAUGGCGACUCGUGCAGUUGGAUUUCAGUGUACGGAAGAAGGCCGAUUUCCGAACGUAGCGUCCACCGACUGUAAAUCGUACUACCUCUGUACAACGAACACCGACGGAUCGCUGAUAGCGGCACUUGUUACCUGUCCAUCAUCUACCAUAUUUUCGGAGGUAAAGAAGUCGUGCGUGUCAUCGCCACCGAACAUCUGUCCGCACGAGUCGAGCACUACAACGUCUGAGCCAGACUCAAGCAGUACAUUAGGUGCACCAGGGGACACGUUCGAGUGUCAUGGCGAAGGGCGGUUUGUGAAUGAACAGUCACCAGAUUGUAAUACAUAUUACAUGUGCAUAACUAUUAACGGCAAGCUAAUGCCACAGCUCAGUGCAUGCCCCACGGGUAAUGUGUUCUCAGCCAUCGAACUAAAAUGCGUUACCGGGGAUAUGUACACCUGCCCAAAGUUUACGGUAACCACGGUAACACCUCCGGAGCUAACAACAACUACUACAAGCAAGGUUACGACUACUACUACUCCAGUUACAAUCCCGCUUCCUACUCCAUCAACUACUCUGAGACCGGAAGUGACAACAAGUAUCCCGUUACCUACACCUUCCACUACUGUGACAUCUGCAGUGACUACAACUGUACCACUUAUUCCACCUAGCACUAGCGCUACUACGACUACUGAAGCUGAGCCUACAACAUCAGAGAUGACCACGGAUAUGUCAGAAUCCACAUCUGAAGUCAGUGAGAUAACUGAAGUGACUACAAAUGUACCACUUAUUCCACCUAGCACUAGCGCUACUACGACUACUGAAGCUGAGCCUACAACAUCAGCGAUGACCACGGACAUGUCAGAAUCCACAUCUGAAGUCAGUGAGAUAACUGAAGUGACUACAAAUGUACCACUUAUUCCACCUAGCACUAGCGCUACUACGACUACUGAAGCUGAGCCUACAACAUCAGCGAUGACCACGGACAUGUCAGAAUCCACAUCUGAAGUCAGUAAGACGACUGAAGUGACUACAAAUGUACCACUUACUCCACCUGGCACUAGCACAAUCACGACUACUGAAGCUGAGCCUACAACAUCAGCGAUGACCACGGACAUGUCAGAAUCCACAUCUGAAGUCAGUAAGACGACUGAAGUGACUACAAAUGUACCACUUACUCCACCUGGCACUAGCACAAUCACGACUACUGAAGCUGAGCCUACAACAUCAGCGAUGACCACGGACAUGUCAGAAUCCACAUCUGAAGUACCCUCAUCGACAACAGUUUUAACAUCAACAGAGGAACCAGAAACGCUUCCACCAAUCAAACUUACCACCUCAACUAGACCAACACCAACUACCGUCAUCUCAUUAGAACCCACCACGAGUAUAGGUUCUGAAACGGAUGGCUUCCCUACACCAGGAACAUUUCAGUGUCCAGCCGAGGGUCGUUAUCCGGAUCCCAGCGGAUCCCAAAACUGUGAAUCUUACAUCCUAUGCAUUAAAAACAGUAUCGGAACUUUCACACCGAUUCAAUUUUUAUGUCCACCAACCACAAUCUUCUCCCCUACUGUUGGUCUAUGUGUUUCGGCCCAGUCGUACAGCUGCAGAUACGAAACGUCAAGCAUCGUACCACCUACGACCGUAUCACCCACUGCUAGCACGACAGUUGUCCCAACACCCACACCAUUCGUCUGCCCGUUCCAUGGCAGAUAUCCCAAUCCGGAUUCGAUUUACUGCAAAUCGUACUACCUGUGUCUGUACGAUGGCAAGAUGAAUCUGAUCGGCGUUGAGCUGAGCUGCCCGGGGGGCUCAAUCUUCGCCAACGACGAAUUGCGUUGCGUACCGUCAGAAGAGUAUCAGUGCGUACAGGGUACCGCAACAACGGGUGUAAUGACCACCACUACACCGGUUGCCACAACCACAACGACAACUACCACCAGAGCAACCACCAUCAGUAUGGCAGGUACAUGCACGAUGGCCGGAAUAUUUCCAACCAACACCCCAAAUGAUUGUUCGUCAUACCAGUUCUGCGGGAUGCUGACGACCGGUGGGUUUGUUGAGGUUAUUCUCAAAUGUGAAGGGAACAAACUGUUCGACGAGCAAAACAAGGUGUGCUCGGAUAAUUAUGUAUGUCCGCGGGGAAACUGAUACGUAGCCGUCCUUUGAUGGCAUAGUCCCUGCGGUGUUGCUAGCAACUUCGUAUUAGAAUAAACCACUGUGCAAUGCAUUGGUCAGACUGCAUCUUUAUGUAACGGAUCGAAUCAAAAUCCGAACGCUCUGCGUACCGUCCGGUA